GGGUUUUCUGAAAAUCUUCAGCGUUUACUGUUGACACCGUCGACUUCAGACACAGUCGGCUACUCAUUUUAAUUCUAAAACAAGUCUCAUAAGAGUCAUUUUAGCUGCAUAUAGUGUACUGUUUUGGUAAUAAUGGGCGACUCUACCAAAAGUUUGUUGCAACGGAUCAUAAGACGGAUACCGAGUCGGGCGAUAGAGUCGACGCUGAGGAAAUGGGGCCGACUGACCGCAGAGCAGCUGCAGUCCAUCGACUUUACCCAGCCCAAAUGGACAGUAACGCAAGAACUGUUGGACAUGUGUGAGGUAUUAUAAUCCCUUUCUUUAAUAUAAAACUGUAAUUUAAAUUUGCAAAAACAGCCGACGUAGCCGUUACUACACGAUUUCAGUGCAAUUCAAGUUGUGCUGAAGACACGUUUACAUAACAGAAACAACUGGACCUGAAAAUCUGAGAAAAUACACAAAGAGCUAAAACGAAGCGGUUUGGGAAAGAAAGGGGAACAGUUUUCACACAACUAUGCAAGAUAGCAUCAUUAGACAAUUAUAGCUUAAAGUUUAAAAAUAUGAUUACUGAUCAAUAUUUAACUUUUAUUGACAACAGAGAAAUAAGAAUAUAGUGAGGACUGUACAAACUCAAGUAGGGCUGAAACGAUUACUCGAGUAACUCGAGUAACUCGAUUAAUAAAAUUCCUCGAGGCAAAUUAUAUGCCUCGAGGAAUCGUUUAAAUCCGGAACCAUGUGCAGCGCACGGUGUUUGACACGGACGGUUAUUUCUGUUGCGCAGAAGCGUGCUCUUUCCGCUCCUUCCGCUGCCGCGCGUUUGGUUCAAUCAUGGAGGGAAACGAGGACAGACAGAAGCUGUGUCCGAAAUGGCAUACUGCCUGCUAUCUACUUACCUACUCAAGCAGUAGCUACUGCCUACUGACUACUCAAAGAUGAUUUGAGUAUGCCGCGGCUGCCCGAGCGUUUACACACAUACAUACUAAAUACCCCAGAAUGCAUUUCGUGCCGGCCGGACGCAGCGCCGGGAAAAUUUAAAUAGUCCUACCACAAGCUACAUAGAACGACUGCAUACCGGACAAAUUAUAUAAAUUCAUUCAAUAAUAAUAUUUUUUCUAGCGAGAAAGUAAGUGUUUACAUCACGAUUAUGAGCCCAGUUGUUUGAAAUAGUGGCUGUUUGUAAAUUUGUCUCGGCGUUUUCGGAGACCGAAGCGUCCACUUAGUCGGUGUUUGCGUCUAUUUACCGUAAACACCGGGCAGCAGCAGCUCCCCCUUCACGUUUCCAAAUUAUUGCGAAGUGUUUUCAUAAUCAACAUCUACACGACACAAACCGGGCGGCAGUGGAUGAAAAAAAUCACACAAACAUCCGUGUAUCCAUGGUGAUAAUGCUAUACACCACCUGCUAGGCGUGUGAUGAGCAGCAGAGGGCUGCAAAAUGACCAACACACAACAACAUGUAAAUAAAAAUGUAACACUUUUAUAUAUUGAAUAAAUGUACAUUUGCUUGUCAAAUUAUGUUAGUAUCCAAGAAUUAUAUUAUUUCAGCCUAUUAAUUAAACAAGUAAAAUUAGAUCCAAAGCCUGGAAAUAGUUGUGACUGGUUUAGUGAAAACUGCAAAGAUCAUUACCAUAGCAAUUAAAAGACCAUCUGCAGACCUUGCCUUCAGUAGUUUCAUGUGAACUACAUGGUAAAAUGUAAAACUUUUUCUGAUUUAUGCAGUAAAAAUAUUCAUUUGAAAGACCUGGCCUAUUUCAGUUUUGUGUGUUACUGAUGGUUUUUAAUGAGGCAAACGUGAUUCAAUGCAAAGUAUUACAGUGAGAGCAAAACAUUUCUUAUCCGAUUACUCGAUUAAUCGACAGAUUAAUCGAUAGAGUACUCGAUUACUAAAAUAAUCGAUAGCUGCAGCCCUAAACUCAAGUGACAACUGUCCCAACAUUUUAUAACAUUUUUUCUUUAAUGUAUUGUAAAUGUACGAUAUUAGUGUGUGUACAGUCAACACAUCUGUUGAAUAUGUCAAAAUGACCUGGCCUGUGACACUUAUAACUGUACACCUGUGGUGGGACUCACUAGUGGCCCCACGAUACGAUAUUAUUGCGAUUUUUAACAUUUUGCAAUACAGUGAGUAUUGCAAUAGAAUAUAUUGCGAUUUAUACAUUUUUUUUCAACUGAUUAGCUAAUUUAGCAUUUGUCUAUCCUUUAUGUUUGUCUUAUUCACACUCUAUUUUAUUUUCGUGUUGCACAUCUUGCAAACCAAUGUUGUUUGCAAACGAUGAUGUUGAUGAAAAUAUUUCGCAACGAAAACAACACUGCAGAAUAUAUGUUUGGCGUUUGACUGACGAAAUGCUCAUGAAUUUUGCAACUCUGUUCGUCGUUCACCACCAACGUUUUCAUCUAGUCUUGUCUCAUCAACGUAAACGCACAUUCGUCUCGUCACAUUUUAGUCAUCUAAGACUUAUUUUUAGCUCGUCAACUUCAGAAAUAGAUAAGUUACGCUAUUUACUGCACAAAAAUAAAGUCAUCAAACCUGCCCCUAACUUCUUUGUCUGAGGUUUUACAUCAGUUCUGUGUCUCCCUGCAGCUGAAUUGAGCAUCUUUAUUCAAAGCCUCUGAUUUGGCUUUGACGGCAGGGUCAUAGAAACAGGGUCCUGAUCCAAAACCACCAUACCCAGAUUGGUCAGAUCAAGGAGAGUCUACAGAGUUUUAAAAACUGUUUUGCAAAAUUGUGAUCAGCUCUCUGAGUGAUUUAAUAUUAGUCACAUUGCAAAACUGAUGGAUUUCUCCCCAGCUGUCUGAAAUUAGAGUGACAGAAAAAAGUACAAGAACCAAAAUACUUGUUUAAUUGCAUUAUUCUGAACACAAGAAUAUCAUUUAUAUUCAACAUUAGCCAGUGGCUGUUUUAGCUCUGAUAUGCUGUCAUUGGACAGAUGCUGAUAUGAUGCCGAUUAUGUACAUCAAAAUAUCUGUCUUUAGUCCUGGACAAGAACCCGUGAACUAGAUUCAUCCUGAUUUUCUUGGAGGGACCACGGAUUUUUAAGAUACAUUCAGACAAGAAAUCCUUUAUUCUGAAUACACAAAAAAACAGGUGAAAAAAGUGUAAUAGCUCUUUCUUGCAUUUUUACAAUAAAGUAAACCUCUGUUGUAACCUCUUUUCUUUGAUGUCCUCCUUCAAAGCUGACUCUCUGGAUGGGUUUAAGAUGCUAAAUUCAGCAUUGCACUGACAUCACAGAGCAGUUUGGCUCAGCACUAUGUAAAGUCAUUGCUCACUGCUUUGUUUGCACUAAAACACUGGUGUUUGUUUGUUUGGUCGCUUUUCAUACCGUCUUUCCAACCAGCAUCUAACGGAACUGAACAGGAGCUUACAGGGUGCUUUUCUGCUCCUCAUACUUGGAACAUAUUACAGAAAAGCUGAAAACUUUGAUGACUUGGAGGCAGACACAUCUAGCUUCAGCAUUCUGCCUGUUAAAUUUUUGACAGUGGGAAACAGAUCUUGUUAUUUUCUAUUCUAAGAAUGUGUUACCAUCCCAUAUCUUGUGUUUUCACGUUUGUAUUUCUGGCUGCACAGUGUUUUCUGAAACUUUGUGACUGGGCUGCUGCCUGUCUUGGUCAGGACAGGUGUGGUCAUCUUAAACUGAAACUCUGCAUGUUUUCUUUACAGGAAGGUAACUGGACACUUAAAUUCAUCACUGAACUUGAGAUGUCAUGUAAGUGCAAUGAAUUAAUUUGUUAUUUAACCUUGAGAGACGAGCGAUGUGUCGCCCAAUUAAACAUAUUAUCCUAUCCAUUUACAUACUUAAUGUGUUGUUCUGCCUCUGUUGCCUCUCAGAUAUCAUAGACAAUCCCAACCAGGGAAUGUGGUACGCCUACCAGCUCAUGAACCCUGAAGGUAUGCAGAAAAAACAAAAACAAACCAUCAAUUAACUUAGAUCCUCUACCAGGAAGACAAAAGUUUGUAGGUUUUCUUCUUUAUUUCUUAUUCAUAAAACAGAAGAAUCAACAGUUGCUAGUGUAAUUACAUUUUCUUUAAGGUGAAUCAUUUGUUAAUUAAACGAGGAAAGUAACCUUCUAAGGUCUUCUUCGUGAAAAUCAGUCCACGUUUCUUCUUCGCACCGUAUUUACAUUAUCUUCUGUAUGUUGUGACAUAAUUUCCUCCUCUUUAUUUCAGAUGACGCCAACAGUGUGGAGCUCACUCAGUUCAAGGAACAGUUUAAGUCUCACCUAAAACAGCUUGUAAGACAUGUAAGUCAAAGCCAGUGAUACGAACGCAUGAUUUGAUAUCACAUGUGGUAUUCUGAACAUGUUAUAGAAUGAUCUGCUUCUUUAUUUUCUCUCAAGAUUUCUCUCAAAAUGAAGAAGCACACAGAUGAAGCUGUAUGGAUUCGGAUUGCAUGGGGGGACCGCUUCUUUCAGCCCAAUCACAUGAAACCAACAUAUGCAGUUCACUAUCUUCAGACUCCAUAUGUCUUUGUGACCAGCCUGACUUCAAAGCACAAGCCCCUGUUUUCUCAGGUGAGCAACAAGUUCGAGAAAUAGACUUUUAUAUGAUAUGUUCAGUUGUCAGGUAGCCUUUAUUUUACAUCUUUUAUUCCUUUUUAAAAGACUGAUGUACUUUUCAGGCCAUGACUCUGUCCACCAGAUAUCAAGCUAUCAAGGAUGCUAAUCUCAGUGGGCGGAACCUCACUGCCAUCAGGGACCUGCUGAUGAGACAGUUCCAACAGGUACGCUGAUUGUGAGGAUGACAGGAGGACACAAAGCUCUGUGUCUUACUGUCUUACUUUUUUCAUGCAGAGGCCAGAAUCAACCAUCACUGAACUCUUCCAUGAUGCACAGGGAAAUUAAAAAUAUCUAUUAUAUAGCUGCGCGAAACAACUACCUGUCAAAGAGAAAAUAUCUAUUUUCAUCAGUGUUGAAAGAUAUGAUUGAGGAUGAUAUUGAUAAAUGAAAAUGGACUUGGAUGUGGGUAGGAUGACUGAACAGAACUGCCACUGCUCCCCUGAGGUCCUAUAGUUCAUCAUAGAAUGAGUCCUUCCUACACUCAGACACUUAACUUGCAUAGUCUCACAGAAAGAGGAGCGUUUUUCCCUAAACUUCGCCCCGUCUCUUGGUGGUCUCAAAGCAGUUUCGAAGCGUUAAACCCCUGGUGAGCUUCUCUCUGUUCCCUGUGAUGUUUUUCAAAGUCUGUUCUGAGUCGUUACUGAAUGUAGGUGUGAAUGAUUAAAUAGUUUUAAUAUUGAGAGGUGGUCAACUGAUCUCACUUUUUUAACGGCUGAAGCCGGUAACUGGUAAUGAGAGGGCAGGGCAGACAAAGCCUUUACAACUGUUAAUGUCCUCAUAGUCUUAUCUUUGGGAUUUGUCAUUUAAAUCAGGGGUCUUUGAAGGAAAUGCAAUGUUUUAUGAGUCUGACUGUUUGGUCAUGGUUGAAACUGUGCCAGCGUUUCAAUGAAAUAAAUGAAAACAAAUGAACUUCACCAUCACUUCUUUGUCAAACAGCAGAGAUUUUUGACCACAUUUUGUAGCAGUCUGUGUCAAGGGUACAACUUCCAAAACAAGCCGAUAAAACCCAUGAUGAUGUAAUUUUUUUCAUAUGACAAGCCUGCUGUCAAAGAUGGUUGUACACAUUCUUAAAAAGAUGGAGCUGAUGUGUUUUGUGCUUGGAUGGAUUUCAAAUGUCUGUUUUUUUUCUUUUUAGGCGUUCCCCACAAAGCACCCCAGCCCUCUUGCAGAGAGGAAUCAAACUGUCUCACGUAUGUGUAUUAUACAUUGUAUAGCUUGUGCUUGAAAAUUGCUUAUUGAAUGUCAUGUACUUUGCUGUAAGGUCUUUUUCUUUAUGAGUGUGUCAGAGUUGUGCACUGUGAUUUACUGUUGUUGUUUUUUUUCAUUUGUUAGACCCUCGAAUAGAGAAAGAGCAGGAUGGAAAUGCAGCAAACAGACUUGAGCUGGCCUGUGAGGCCUUUGGUGGUGGGACAUUACCUCAGCUACAGUCUGCAGUUUACAAGGUACCCCGAGGGAUUCUUGUGUUGAUAAUAGUUACUUUGUCAAAAUAAAAAAAAAUGGAAUUGCUCAAGUUUAAAUUACACAACUAAAUGUCCUGCAUUGUCUUUUCACUGUAGCAGCUCCUAAAGCAAAAGUAGACACUCCUCUGUGCUGUGAUCAGUGAUCAUCUCAAUGACAUGCUGUGUACAUGUUUUUUUUCCUCUUUUAGCUUGAGACAAAAUUCAGAGACCAAACCAACAAGGCCAUGACAGAGCGGGAAGAGUCUUUCAAAUGUAUUGUCAAAUUUGCGAGUACCAACCUGCUGGAGUCGCUCAGACACUGUGCAUCUUCAGGUACCAAGAAUUUGUCCUGCCACAUACUGUAUUUACAAAAUUUAAGCAACAACAAGGGGAAACAAAUAUGAAUGUUUUAUACCACUAGCAAUUCUAUAAAUGACCACAAGAGGGCACACAAAUAAGAGGAGACAUCCCCACUCAAACACCACUACUGUCUAUCAUCCAUAAGUCAUAGUGGGAAUUAUUUUCUGAGGCAGAUUUUAUUCCACUGUCCCUUUAUUGUGCAGGAAAGUUCUCUUUAUUUCUUAUGAUUUCAUGAAAACAGUAAAUGCACUCCACCACUUUGACUAAUUUCACAUCUUUUGGUGUUUUUCAGGAUUUGCCUCCACCCCUGUCACACCUCUGCUCUCAUCUAUUUCCCUCAAAGGAAAGAAUUAUUUUGUCAUCACAGACAAUAGCCCUGGUGCCGCCUCACAGCCAAGGCGAGCACAGGAUAAAUGAGCGACAGGCCUUUUACACAAUGGACUCCAAUUCUGACAAUAACACGCUAACUAUGGACAGAUCAUUGAUCUUAAGGAUUUACAGUGGCUUCCAGCCUUUUUUCUGCCUUCCCCCCUCAUGGCUUGUUUAUACCAUUUUAUCAGUUUAUCAGCGAGCUCCUCUUUGACAUGGAUUUAAGACAGUCAUCGAGUCUGGGCUAUGGGAUGAAUUCAUGUUGUCUUUAUGUGUUUCCCGGUGACAGUGAGUAAGUAGUUGCUUUUAUAUGAUUGUCAUUUGAUUGUCUUUUGUCUGUGUUUACAUUGUACCAUUUAAUGUUAUGUCUUUAUUGAAUAUAAAGCAGGACUUUUAAUUACUGUAUGCCAUCUUCAAGCCAUCCAUACACACAUUUUAUCUGUCUGCUUCUGCUUUUUAUCGGCUUCAGCGUCAGAAGUCCCUCAUGUAGUCAUUUGGUAUAACUCAACUAAAGAACACUAGUUAUUCAACGCCGGUAUUUAGUGUUCUUGAGUAAAAGAUAACUCAAACCUCCCAGUCUGAUAAUAAAGACCUUUUGAAGGAUAAGUUGACAUUUGAAACAAAACUCACUGGCUACUGUUCACAUUGAAGCAGAAAUUAGUGGGUGGCUUCCAUAACACUACCACUGUAAAGAAUGGGGUUUGACAUACAAAGCCAAAGGUAACAUAAGGCCUGCUACUUUCAAUAGCCUUAACACACAUUUUUGAUUGAUCUGUGAUACCAGCCAAUAUUAACAAAAAAAGGAAAGAGCAAUCAAAGUGAAGAUGCUGAAUUUCCAUUUACUAAUGUUCAGUUCAAUGUCUGGCACAUGGCCUGAGUUAUCACUGUUUCCAAAUGCACCAGUGUAAUUUUAUAGUACAAAAAUAAAU